AUGACUGGCAACACCGAUUCUUCAUCGCGGCCAUCUUCAUUAGCGUGUCUUCCUUGCCGUCAACGCCAUGUCAAGUGCGAUGCCGUCUUGCCAGUUUGCACUCGCUGUCGGACAACGGGUUCUGAAUGCCAGUAUGUUCGCUCGAGGAGGGGGUUGCGGAGCCAUGGCAAGAAAUCUCUAUCUAAACCACUAGACGAGAAUGUCUUUUCAGUCCCCGCCGAUACCAUACCUGACUGGCUCGAUGCUGCUUUCCCUUCAGACUUGAGCAUAGAGACGCUCCUACAACCGCAUGAUGGACCGAUCGUCCAAGAUUUCUCACUCGACGAAACGUUUGCCCUUCCUGAGUCCGAACUGGUUACCCCAAAGGUGGCUUAUGACCCGAUGAUCCAGCUUUACUAUGAGAACUUCCACCCCUCACAUCCAUUCAUGGUGCCCAGGAGGGCACUGGGCACCUCGCUGGGCUUCUUAAUACCUCCACAACUCCUCUCAGUCAUGCGCUAUAUUGGUGCUCAUUAUUAUCCAGACCCAGCCCUCAAGCAGGCAUUUCGUCAAGCAGCGUUCGACGCACCCUCCAAUCAAUCCAUAGAGGCCGGAUUCAAAGUUCAGGCGUUGCUACUGCUAGCUAUCACCGACCACUGCUACUGUCACGAGCAAAGCGCCCAUCGAUUGAUACAAACGGCAGUCAACCUUGCGCUGGAGACUGGAAUGAACCGCCGACGAUUCGCCAGCGAGCAUUCGUACGGCCAUUCCGUACUGGAGGAGAGCUGGCGAAGGACUUACUGGGAGCUUUAUGUUGUUGACGGACUUUUAGCAGCGAUGCGCGAGCAGAGUUCGUUCCGAUUAUACCACCAGCCGGCGAAUGUGCAAUUACCCUGCGACGAGAAGAUGUACAAGAGUGACGAGACCCUGGAAAAUCUCCAGAAUAACUGGUCAUUAGGGCAGGACUUUUCAGCAUUCGCAUAUCGUAUCAGUGCCAUGCAGAAGCUAGGGGCCGUUCUUGGGCUCAACCGAUCACUCGAAGACGGUGUAGGGUCCCAUAUCGAGACCAUUGAUGCUCACCUCGUUUCUUCACUUAUGGUUCUCCCGCCCCUCCACGGCGAAAGCUACGACAGCUCCUAUCACGACGAGAUGAUUUUCCAAGCCCAAAUGAUCCUAUACUUAGCACUGAUCUACCUCCAUCAUCCGCGCUCCGGCAUGCGUUUCGCCUCCUUCCACGCUAACCCCCCUACCACCUGUACGCGGCUGCAGCUACCAGCAACAUUAACCACACAAUCAUACUGUGAUUCUGAACUUCGCCCAUCUCAAACCCUCGACCUCCACUCCCAUAAGCUCCUCCGCGCCGCAGACCUCCUCUCCGGUCUCGCAACUCUCCCGAGCCCCAUCCACCGUCGAACGCCCUUCUUCACCUGUGCGCUGGCCAUGUGCAUUAUUGUGCACACCGCAGCACUGCUUCUUGUUGGUGCUGAGAAACAGGAGGCUAUCAAGGCGAGGAUCCAGCUUAGUAUAGGUGGAUUGAAUGUGCUAGGACGGACUUGGCCACUGUCGAAAUCUGUGAGGCAGCAGAUGGUCGAUAUGUAUCAGGAGGUUGUAGGGAAAUGA